CUCUUUUUUUUUCCCCCUCGUUUCUUUGCUUUUCUCUAAAGCUCUGUGGUCUGUGAAACACUCUUUCUUCCUCCUCCUCAGAAAAUGGAGACACUUCGUCUCUCCUGCCUGUGGAGCUGGGAAGGAUUUUUCUUUUCUUUCUUUCUUUUUUUGUUUUUCUUCUUUUUCAUUCCUGGCUUAAUUUUUUCCUUUCCCCCCUUCGCUCGCCACCACCCUAAUCUUGUCGUUUCUUUGAGCUUCUGUCUCAGAUUUGUGCCUGCCGGGGAUUUAUUUUUCACUCGUUUUCUCGUUUUCCGUGUCGCCACUAGAUUUGAUUUGUUUGCUUCUUUAUUUGCGAUUUCCUCUGAAUUGCUCCGUGUUUCAACGCUUAUAAUCUAGAGAUGGAAACGGUGCUCUUUUUGUGCGUGUACGUGAAAUUUUCCGUCGUUGUCAUGGAUGAUGACGACGACGAAUCCUGUCUCCUUGAUCUUAUCGGGGACCCACAGGCACUGAAUUAUUUUCUACAUGGACCUAGUAGUAAAUCUAGCAAUGAAGACUUGACUAAUGCAGAAUAUUCUGUAGCCAACUCAAAUUCAAUUUUUGCCAACUCCAAUAACACCGAUCCUAAGUCGUCUGUAAAAGGUGUGAGCAGCCAGCUUGGCGAGGGGCCUAGUGAUGGACUGCAGCUGUCCAGUAGCCUUCAGUUUCUUGAAGAUGAACUUGUAUCUUCUCCCUUACCUGAUCUUAGUGAGGAUCAGCCUUUUGAUAUUCUUCAGAAGUCCUUGCAGGAGGCCAAUAUUACCGAACAGACUUUGGCAGAAGAGGCAUAUUUGGAUGCCAGUGUAGGUUCUAGCCAACAGUUUGCACAAGCUCAGCUUCAUCCUUCUUCAUCAGCAUCCUUUACUCAGGCUUCUAAUGUUUCUAAUUACUCAGGUCAGACGUUGCAACCUAUAGGAGUUACUCAAGUGGUACAGCAACCUGUUGGAGCAUCUUUUGCAAGCAAUACAGUCGGUGUGCAACAUGGCUUUAUGCAACAUGUUGGAAUUAGUGUUCCCAGCCAGCAUUUGUCUAAUAGCAGCCAGAUUAGUGGUUCUGGGCAGAUACAGCUAAUUAGUUCUUUUAGUAAUCAGCCUUCCAUGAUGACCAUUAAUAACCUUGAUGGCUCUCAGAUUAUACUGAAAGGCAAUGGUCAGCAAACACCUGGAAACAUGAGUGGGGGCCUCUUGGUUCACAGACAGACUCCAAAUGGUAACUCUUUGUUUAGUAACUCAAAUUCAAGCCCAGUAGCACAACCCGUAACCGUCCCAUUCAACAGCACAAAUUUUCAGACGUCAUUGCCUGUCCAUAAUAUCAUCAUUCAAAGGGGUUUAGCACCAAACUCUAAUAAAGUUCCCAUUAAUAUCCAACCAAAGCCUCUCCAGAUGGGUCAGCAAACUGCUUACAAUGUGAAUAACUUGGGAAUACAGCAACAUCAUGUGCAGCAAGGGAUCCCGUUUGCUUCUGCAAACUCACCUCAGAAUUCAGUGGUUGGUCCUCACAUGUCUGUUAAUAUUGUCAAUCAGCAAAAUACAAGAAAACCCGUCACACCUCAGACAGUCAGUAAUGCUGGAGGCAGUAUCGUUAUCCAUUCUCCUAUGGGGCAGCCGCAUGCCCCUCAGAACCAGUUCCUCAUACCUACAAGCUUGUCUGUUAGUUCUAACUCAGUUCACCAUGUCCAGGCCAUAAAUGGGCAGCUUCUUCAGACUCCAUCUUCCCAGCUGGUUCCUAGCCAAGUAUCCGCUGAGCAUGUUAUGCUGAACAGGAACUCUACCAACAUGCUAAGGGCCAACCAGCCGUAUUCGGGACAGAUGCUGAAUAAUCAGAACACAGCUGUUCAGCUGGUUUCUGGCCAGACAUUUGCAGCUCCUGGAAGCCAAGUUAUAGUAAAUCAUGGAUCUUCUCAGAUUGUUGGGGGACAGGUGCCACUGCAGCAGGCAUCGCCAACGGUGUUGCAUUUGUCACCAAGUCAAGCUAACGUUUCUCAAGGCAGAUCUGGGUUUACUACGAUGUCACCCGGGCAGUCUCCAGUCUCCAACAUGUCCGCACCGAAUCGCUUUGCGGCUGUAAGUUCUUCUGGGUCCGGACAUGCCAGCCUGGGACCCCCAGCUCAGUCUGUGGCGUCGGGAGGAACCUUCACGGGAGAUCAGCUUGCCCAGAACAGAACUCAAGUCUCUGCGAGCGCGGCACAUCGUCUUCCAGCAUCCUCUUCCAAAUCUGUGAGCACCUUCAGUCACGUGUCCGCUGGAGCGACCCAGCAGCAGUUUGCCUUCAGUCAGGCACAAAAGAAAUCUAUGAACCAGACAUCACCAGUUUCUGCAUCAAAGACACAGGAUAACUUGAGACAGCCUCAGCUAACAAGUCUUCUGAGUAACACAUUAUCAGGACAGGACUCUGGAGGAAAAAUCAUACCACAGUCUCUAGGAACAGCACAGCUACAACAAGAAAAAGUAAUAGGAUCAUCUCCUGUUCAGCAGAAUAUACAGAUGGAUGGUCAUAUCGUCGGACAGAAAAGGCCUGCAGCUAAACAGUUAACUAAAGGAGCUUUUAUCCUACAGCAGUUGCAGAAGGAUCAGGUGCACGCUGUGACACCAGAUAAAAGUCAAUUCAGAUCAUUAAAUGAUGCACUUCAGAGACUCCUCUCAUAUCAUGUGUGCCAGGGAUCCCUGCCAACAGAGGAAGACUUAAGAAAAGUGGACAGUGAAUUUGAAUCUGUAGCUACACAGCUUCUGAAGAGAACCCAGGCUAUGCUGAACAAGUACAGGAGUUUGCUUCUAGAAGAUGCAAUGCGGAUAAAUCCCUCUGCUGAAAUGGUUAUGAUUGAUAGGAUGUUUAACCAGGAAGAAAGGGCAUCUCUGUCCCGGGAUAAGCGUCUUGCACUAAUGGAUCCUGAUGGUUAUCAGGCCGAUUUUUGUUGUUCUGCCAAGCAAUUUGAUACAACAGCUGAUGAAGCACAGACCAGCAAAAGUGACCAUCAGUCUAGCAAAACAUUAACCUCUCGAAGUCACACUGCAAAGAUCCAUGCCAGAGACCGACCAAAACCCAGUUCAGCAGAGUCCACAAAUCACAGUAAACUUCCUCUAGUGCCUAACAACGUUUUGACACCACAAGAAGGAAAGGUUUCAACUAAAAAAUCGGAGAGCCUCACUAAAGCUUUAAAGUUUGAGAAGGCUAAUUGCUCUCCUGAGAGCCGGUACGUGACCCUUUCUGAAGAAAAGAGGGCUGGCAAAGACCUGGCCAAGUCCACAGAGAAUUCUUCGGGUUCUGAAGACUUGUCAAAAACUCUGUCAAGAGCUAGUCAUGGAACACACAAUAAAAUAUCAAGGAAUACAGUUCAAUCUUACUCAAAAGUGACAUGUAAUAAUUCCUUCCAAGACAAAACUCUGCGGAGUUCUCCAAAGAAUGAGGUUUCACAUCCCGAUAAUAUGAAAGGCUCUGGUGAACCCCAGCAAGACUUACUGCUCAGUAAGAGUUUAGAAACUACAUUUAAAAACAUCUUGGAACUUAAGAAAGCUGGGAGACAGCCCCAAAGUGAGGCGACUAGUAGUGGCUCUGUUGAAUUAGAAUUUCCUAACUUUUCACCUAUUGCUUCACAGGAAAACUGCCUGGAGAAAUUUAUUCCAGACCACGGUGAAGGUGGUGUAGAAACUGACUCUAUUUUAGAAGCAGCUGUAAAUAGUAUCUUAGAGUGUUAAUAGUUGCAGUUCCAUGGACAAGUGAUGUUUCUCUUAGCAGAAGCAAAUGUGAAUGACACCACAAGUACAGCCUGACAUACGUUUAAGGUUAACCUUUCUAAACUAGAUUCUGUUCUGUGUUUGAGAGCAAUACUCAUUGUGGUUACAGUGAGAUAUCCAAGUAAAGUUAAUCCUUGUUAGAAUGCAGUCUGUUAGGGCCUUAUUAUUUCAAGUAUUAUUAUGAUAGUGCUUUUGAUAAUUGUGCAGUACUGCAACAUAACAAGGUUGCAGAUCCUUAGGCCCUAUACGGUAAUAUACUGACAAUCACAGUCAUUUGAAAGGAUAUAUUUAUUAAGAAAAUGUUUUUAAAAUGUGAUGGAAGCAACAAUUUUUCCCUGCCCCUCUCUUCCACAGAUCAUAAAUCUUUCUUUCUUUUUUUUUUCUUUUCCCCUGGAGAUUGUAUUCAUGCUUUAUUAAUGUUUAUUAAUGAAGCUGUCUGUUCUGGGAGUCAGAAGGAUGUCAUCAGUGUGUGUACAGGGCUUCAUACUUCCAAGUGCUUUCCUAUUGCUUUCUGAGCAGAAACUAGGACUUGAUGGAAUAUUUGUAGAAGGUAAAUUUAGUCUGUGGGAUGAUCCUGUCUGAUCUUAGUGGCAGUGGCAUGCAAUGAAGUAAUAAAUGCCUGAGUAAGGAAGGGAGUGGAAGCCAGUCAGUGGCAGAAGUGUACAGGAUAAGGCUAUGAUAGAGCCAUGAAUUUAUAUAUAUAUAAUACGUAUGUAUGUUAACUCUUGAGGAAGGGAUUUUGCAUUUUAUAAUUGGAUGUAGUCAAGCCUUGAGUCUUUCUAAAGUGGUAGGAGUUUUUUUUUUAAUUUGUUGUUGUUUGUUUUGUUUUUGUUUUAGACCAAGUGUCAAAAGCACUUUUAUUUGAAAACUGUUAUGAUAUUAGUAGCUUAUAUUUUAAGAGGACAUUAGCCUUACUCCAAUUAAAUUUGAAGGCCAGUGUUUAUUUUUGAUUUUAUUUUUUCUUUUUGCUCUCAAAGAAUGUUAAAUCAUCCACCAUAGCAGUCAUAAUUACUGAGAUGUACAGACCAAAGUCAAUCAUCAAUCCCAUUAUAAAAACAUAUCUAAAAGAGUGUAAUUAUUAAUUCAUAUUCUGGAGCCAAACGAAACCAUUGCAUGGUUUGCAUUUGGCUUGCUGUCGUGUUGAUAAGAUAGAAUCUUAUUAUUUUAUUUAUUUAUUUUAAUCUAUGACAUCUUUCUUUAUGCUGCCCAUGCUGCUUCUUACCAGUUUACUUUGGUCAUCAGUGCUGUUGUGCACAUAGGCACGCUGGCAUCAGUCACGUGCAUGUAGUACCUAUGUCUGCUCAGGAGGAUGGAGCUUUGGUGGUGGCUGAGGUGCGCUCCUGGUCUCUCCCAGACCUUCCCCACAGUUUGUUGGGAAAUCUGCUCUUUUCCAUACCUGCCUGUUGCCAUGUGCGUAGGCAGUUUCGUCGCGGCUCCUUGUGACAAGCUCUGGUUGCCAUAUAGCCAGCCAAGGAAACAAAGUCUUGCUGUCGUGUAAAGCAGCCCGGCUGGCUGCUGCAGAGGAAAGCAGAAUGAGAUCCGUGUGACAGCAGAAAAUCGCAGUGCAAACUUGGUGCUGAGUUACAGUCC